CUUGUUGCACUCGUUGCGGCAGUCUGAUGGAACAGCGCAGCUAGGGCAGACGUGUGACCGGUUACUUAUUCCCCUCCCCCCUCCCCGCAAAAAACUCACGCAGAAUGCAGCUGAAUUAGCUUCAGGUAGUGCUUCGGUACAGUGAAAUCAGAGCAGAAACAGUUGUUCUCCGGCGAACCACUCAGAACACUUCCGAGAAGAAUUGAACGCAUUCCGAGAAUGUCGCACAACCGCGAGAAUCUUCGUCUCAGUCUGUUGGAUCUCCAAGCUACCCUGACCGCUCCCUCGAACUCCGUGGCCGCCGCCGGCGCCGCCCUGCUGCCACAAAGCCAGACCGGCGGCACGGCAUCCCACGGCAACUCCCACAGCAACAGCAACACCAGCCUCAACAUCAGCCUCAGCAACAGCAGCAGCGUCUCCCAGGCGGUCUCCAUGGCCACCACAACGGUGGCUCGCCUCAGCAAGGCGGGAUUCGGGACUGGUGUCGGUGGGAGCGGAGGAGCUGGAGCCUCAGCCGCAGGAUCGGGCUAUCACAGCGACAAAUGCGACAGGCUCAAGAAAAUGACUUCGAUUACCUGCUCCGACUCGGAGGACGACUCCGAGCGACGGGCCCAGUUCGAUAUGAGUAGUAAAUGGAAUCUGGGCGGCUAUGAAGGUGACACUCGCACGUAUGUUGUCCAAGAGAUCUACCGCAACGAGCAGUCCUAUGUGGAGUCGCUGCAGACUGUUGUUCUCAAAUAUCUGAAGGUGCUGAAGGCGCCCGAACACGCGGGCAUGAUUGACACCCGCACCGUGGACGAGAUCUUUUUCAUGGUCCCGGACAUCCUCGAGAUACACGAACGGUUCUUGGGAGAUCUAAAGCAUCGCCUGGAUGACUGGGAUGUCCAGCAGAAAGUGGGCGAUGCCUUCAUGGAUACGUUCUCGAAGCUGGAGGUCCUUGAGGUCUACACAUCCUUUGUGAACAACUGCAAUCGGGCCAAGAACGCCAUACGCUCCAUGAAGCACCAGCGACCGUCGUUUGCCAAGUUCCUGGAGUCCACCUCCCGCGAGCACAAGGGAAAACUCACCCUCGACAACCUGCUGAUCAAACCGGUGCAAAAGUUUCCCAAUUACGAGCUUCUGUUCCAGCGACUGAUCAAGCACACGGAUCACGAUCAUCCCGAUCAGAAGCACCUGCAGGACGUGCUAAAGCUGGUCCACGACAUUCUAGUGCACAUCAACUGCAAGGAGCGCGAGAUCAUGGAGAACGGCCAGCGGGAGGCGACACUGCGCGAGCUGGAGGGCGUGAUCGAAGGCAUUACCGAUCUGACAGCGCCAGAGCGGCAGUUCCUUCUGUUCGACCUCGUGUCGAUGCCCUCCGGUGCGGGGGCACGCAAGGACCGGGGCUUCUUCCUGUUCAACGACCUGCUCGUCCUCACCAGCAUCAAGAAACGAAGCGGCACCAUCCGCAAGCCCAGCAACAGCAUCUGCCCGGGCACCGUGGCCACCACGCUGGAGACCAACAAGUACAAGUGUCUCACCAAGAUCUCGCUGGACUGUCUGGAGAUUGUCAAGCCCAAGGACGAGAACAUCAAGCGCAUCGUCAGCGAAAUCGAGAGCCUGGCCGACGACUGCGGCAAGCUGCAGCAGAUCAGCGACAUCACCGCCUCCCUAAAGUACCCGCACCAGUAUCUCGAGGACGUCAUCCGCGAACUCCAUCGCGACGUCCAGCGGCAGCUCUCCGAGCGCCAGUCGAAUGACACCCAGCUCAAUAUGCUGGAGCUGACAGUCAGUUCACCAAAUGGCAACCAGAAGCUGACGGUGGUGUUCAGCAAGACGGAGAAGCGUACGGCCUGGGAGGAGACCUUCAACGAGGCCAAGCAGAAGCUGGCUGCCACUUUGGAGCGCCAUCCCAUACCCGAGUUUCUUACCUCCAUACCCAUACGGAAGACCCGCGCCGGCCUGCAGUUCACCUGCGCGGCGGCCACGCUCAGCGAGAACCGGGAUGUGUGGGUGUGCAACAGCGACGGGUACGUGGGCCAGGUGUGCAUCAUGUCGCUGCACCCAGAGCCGAAUGUCACCAGCUGCAACGGUGUCUGCAAUGCUCGCAUCCUGUGCGUGGCAUCUGUGCCGGCGUACAGCUCUUCGGCCUCGAGUCGCAACAGCAGUGGGGAGCAGACCGGUGGAGGUGGCCAGGAGGAGAAGGAGAAGCCGAGGAACAGCUCCCAGCAGCCGCAGCCCACUCCGAGCUACACACAGCAGCUGCACGACUUCCGCAAGAGCAUCUCCCCCAGCUUCCAGACCGGCUCCUCCUCGGCCACGGCCACGCCCGAAAAGAAAAAGACACCCACACCCACGCCGGUGGCGGCUGGCGACGGUGUCGCGGUGGCCGCCAGCAACAGUGAUACUCAGCUGGAGCUGAAUCUGAGCUCCAGCGACGAUGAGACGGAAGCCGCCGCUGCCUCCGCCUCUGCCUCGCUGAACGUUGCCAGCGGCAGCACAGGAUCAGCUGGAUCUGGAUCUGCGGGUCUAGUGGAACGUGUGCCUAGCCCCGCCCCCUCACUGCAUGCCGGAUAUCAUGGCCAUCAGGACUCGAAUCCCGAGGAGGGCGAGAGCAAUCAAUCAACCAUGUGGAUCGGUACCGAGGACGGCUGCAUCCAUGUCUACAAUAGCACUGACAAUAUUCGCAUUAAGAAGAACCGCAUCAAGAUCGAGCACCACUCAGCCGUCUAUUCCAUUUUGUACCUUGACAAUCGUGUGUUUGUUUCGCUGGCAAAUGGUGAUAUCUGCGUUUACCUGAGAGAUGGAGCCACCUCCUGGAAUACGAGCUCAUCGCAUUGCAUGUCCAUUGGCACCGUCACCAGUCCUGUGACCAAGUUGCUGAAUGUCAACGGCAGGCUUUGGUGCUCCAUUCAGGGCAUCAUCAAGGUCCUGGAUGUGGAGAGCCUAACGGUCAUUCAUCAGAUACAGAUAUCGUCGGAUUCGAAGCCGAUCACAAACAUGACAGUCGCCAGCAACUUUGUGUGGAUAUCCAUCCAGAACUCGGCACACAUCAAAUGUUUCCAUUCCAAUACCCACCAGCUAGUCACCGAAGUGAAUCUCGCGCCCGCCGUGAACAAGAUGCUCUCCAACUGCGACGAGAUCAUUAGGCAGCACAAGGCCGCCUGCCUGCGGGUGACUUCGCUGCUGUGCUGCAAGGAUCUCAUCUGGAUUGGCACCAGUGCGGGCGUCCUUCUGACCAUACCGGCCCUGGGCUACGAGAAGGGCGCCGUGAACAUUGUGCCCACAGGCAUUCCCCACGGCCACACCGGCCAUGUGCGAUUCCUCACAUUUGUGGAGACCACCGGCCUGGAGGGGACGACAGGAGCCGCCCGGGAGGCGAGCGGAGGUUCCACCAGCGAUGAGUACUCCAAGCAGGGCUCCAUAAAGCACUCCAAAUCCAAGUCGGAGACCAACAACACGCUGAUCAUUUCCGGUGGCGAUGGCUACGAGGACUUCCGCAACUCGGGCGCCAACUCGCUCAGCGAGAUCGCCGGCCGCGAGGACAGCACCAACCAUUUAUUGAUAUGGCAAAUUUGAAGCAGAAGGCGUAAAAAUCGCUGGAGGCUUUUGCUCUCGCGCUGGAAAAACAAUAACUGAGAUCAGGGAUCAAAGAUCAGUAGUGCCAGAUCAGUGCGUAGAGCGGAGUACAUACUGCAGCGGUUUUUAUGACUACGAUGAGAUUUACAGAGAGAGAGAUAGAGAGAGAUCGAUCUACAGCAGCUGCUAAGCUGGACAUUAGUAGGUUUAGGAUUAGGGGACGGGACUGAUUGAUGCUCGAGAACCUAUCUAAAAAUUGUGUAUAUUUGAAACUGAAUGACUAAUUACGUUCAGCCUCUAAUCAAUCAUCAGAGAUUAUGUAUUAUGUAUAAACUAUUAACUAUAAACUAUGACCCCAGAAACCACCCCAAACCCCAACCCCUUGACUAGCCUAGCCACUGGAUUAGUGCCAAAACUACAUAUAAUAUAGCCGACUCUCGCCACUUUCAAUGUACAUACAUACUGUAGAUCGCACAGAGCAGGGGGCAAGCAGAACAGAUCAAGAAGGGUAUGGAUACGAUAGAUAUUUUUGUAUUUGCUAAUAUUGUAUGUAUCUGUAGAUCCUAUUCAAGAGUUAAGCGUUCGUUCUAAGUUUGUUUGAAUUGAAUACAGGGGUCGUAACGUAAUGUGUAAAGUAAAACCUAUUAUACCUAUGCCUACCUAUAUUUAAUGCAAUAAAUAACCUACCCGUAUGCAGAGUUGAUUCUCGAUCAUCCCUGCCUCGACCCUGCCCCGAAUUCAAGCGCAUUAAUCGAAUUUAUAAUCAACUUAGAGAACACUCAAGGGGCAUGUGUAGUGCCAGCCCCGCCCCGCCCCGCCCCAGCGGAUAGGCAUGUAAAAAUCGUAACUCUAAGCGUCUCCCUAUUUUACAGAUAUACAUACAUAUAUAUUAAUAUAUUGACAAAUGAUUAAACGGCGUUUAUACCUAAAGUUUAUUGUAAAACCUAUAUAUUUCAUGCAAGUGAAUUGAAUUGAAUUUUGAAUCUGAAAAUUGCAAAUUUUAACAUACAAUACGAGUGAUAUUCAAAUGUUUUUGCUACUCGUAGAGUUUUUUUGGCAUGGUACAAACACUCAGAACACCGAACACAAAACACACACAGAGAUACACACAAAUACUUAUGCAUACUUGUAUAUUUUUCUCGGUAAUUGAAAAUUGUGCGCACCUCAAACAAAGAAACCCCCAAGAAACCCUGAACCCCAAGGCACCCUUCGGUGCAUCGUAUAAGGGUCGCGUCGCUCAAUGGCCUAAGGUGGCUCAAUGGCAAAUUGUAUUAAUUUAAGUAUGAGAAUAUAUUAUGUAUUUCUAUGUUAGAUCUGGUUGGUUAUUAUUAACAUAAAUCAUUGUUCAAUUCAA